AUGCCAAAGGCUUUCCCAAAAACCAAGUUACCCCCGGAGAGGAGUUUUGGACUUUCUCACAUUCUUUCAAAUUCAGAAAGUGGACAUGAUGAUCUUCAACGUCUAAAUGAUUCCGUAAUCAAGACAAUUGAUUUGUAUAACAAAGACUUGACAGAACAACUGACGUCCUUAGUCAGCGUUGAACAUGAAUUGGCAGAUAAGCUGGAAAACGUAAAGGAAGUUUAUGACGUCGUACAUAAUAUCCGAAGUGAAGAUAUAUCAGAUGCUCAGAUAUUGGAACUUGAGGACCAAGCAAGUGACAAACAAACAAAGAAGAAAUCCUUAGGUUUGGGAAUGUCUAUGUUUGGAGUUAAUAAAGAUGAAAACAAUAAGUUUCAAACUUUCAAGAAAAUUGAUGAUACCCUUGUUGAACUUGUUGAAAAUUCGGCGGUGCAGAAGAGGCGUCUUGAUGAAAUGAUUACAAGGCUUCAAAGGCUUGAGUUAAGUAUCAACAAAAGAGAGAGAUUGUUUGAUGACAAGAGUUCUAACAAAGUACAUUAUGAAAAUCUUUUCAACUACGGAAUGAAAAUAUUAAAGAAGCAAAAUAGGAGGGAACAGACAAAAGCUACAACAAAAACAUCUAUAAAAUCCAUCUCUCCUUCGCAGAAAUCUACACCAAAGAAAUCGCAGGUUAAAAGUGAUUUUGCGUCUCCAAGAUCUAAGAUACCCACUGAAAAACUGGAGCAAUAUCAAGAAAUAGAGAAAGAGCUUAUUACGAAAAAGAUUGAGCAAGCACGAAACUCUAUUACCAUAAAUUCAUCAUCGACAAACACGUCUAUAUGCAAUUUAAGAGGAAACAUGAUUUCUAAGGAUGUCAGUAAUCCGAUACUGUUUAUGAUUGGCCGAAGAGACCCAUUACCUGCAUGCACGAUCACGGAUGAGGUGAUUACUACAAAACCUGGUUAUGGUACUUCAUCACUUGGUAACGAUAACUGUAAUCCAAGUGAUGAGAGUGUGGAUGCAUUAGUUGACGAAUUAAAGAAGAUCGUCCAUGUUGAUUGA